UGGCGUCCUUCAUGUGUGCGUACAUGUGGAUGUCCGCGUAACAUAGGUAACAUAGGCUCGCGUGCUUGAGGCAGAGGGUACCUGUAAUCUCUGUGUUUCUGCACGUGUGUGCUGUUUGUUUAUGUAUACGCGAUUAGUUGCUCGCAAUAAUGGCUGCAGUUACAUCGCCUGCGCUCUUUCUUGGAAAGUGCGUUUCAUCAGCUGUAAAGAAGUCUGUUCGAGUUGUUGUUACCCGGUUCGAGCUAGACACUUUUCUGAUGGCGCAUUAUAAAAAGAGGACAGAGUACGAAGCGUUGGAUGCCAACGAGGAGUGUGAACCUGGUGACUGGGUCCUCGUCAAGGAAUUACCAGAACGCCUCAGCCUGAGGAUUGCCCACAAAGUGGAAAAAAUUGUCUACAAGGACGGCAACAUGAUUGAUCCUAUAACUGGCCAGAAAUGCAUUUUCACGGAUUUUGUGAAAGAUGUUGACAAGGAAAGUGAACUUUUCGGUUUGAGCCCACCAUACAAGGCAAAAGCUUUUCCCGAUGCUCCGGAAGUGAAAGAAAUAUCGGAUAAAUAAGGUGCUGAUGGCUCUA